CGCAACCCUAUCACAGAGACCAGUUAUUGGAAUUUUUUUUCUUUGCUGUGCCUCUAAAGUGACGGCUAAGACCGCAAGGUCUACGUUGCCGAUUAUUGGAUUUUAACAGGCUCAAGUUACUUUGAGUUGAUAAAACUUGAUAAAUUAUGGAAACAUCAGAAAAAUUAUUCGUGAAAAAAAUGUGAACCCAACUGUUCUGAAACCUAACCAUUCUCUUUUAAUAUACGCUAAUCGGUUAUCUCUCCUUCCCUUCGUCAUCAUGCAUGUAUGUACCAUUCAUAGAAAUACAUAUUUACUGUGCUCUGCCGGCUGUCUGGAUGAAGUCUUAGAUUCUAGAAUCUUUUCUGCAUGCUAUGUGCUUUUUUCCUGAGAGUGUAAGAAGUUAAGAACUUAAAAAUAUAACCACGCUGAAAUGAGUCUCAGAGCGAUCAACUACAAGGAUGGGAAGCUGGAGAUUUUGGAUCAGCUUUUACUGCCAACACAGUCUAAAUAUAUUAAGAUCAACGGAGUGGAAGAUGGAUGGAAAGCUAUUAAUAAAAUGCAGGUCCGCGGAGCUCCUGCCAUAGCAAUUGUCGGUUGCCUUUCAUUAGCUGUCGAAAUUUUCAAUGAAAGUUUUAGCACCAAAAAGGAUUUCAAACAAGAGGUCGAAGGCAAGCUGAACUAUUUGAUAUCAGCGCGACCAACUGCCGUAAACAUGAAACUAGCGGCCGAUGAGUUGAUCGAACUUACCAACAACUUGUCGGACGAUGAAAAUAUCACGGUUGAGGAAUUGAAAAAACGAUUUUUAGAUACAACAGAAAGCAUGCUUGAAAAGGAUAUUUUCGAUAAUAUGGCUAUAGGCCAGCAUGGAGCGUAUGAAAUCCUAUCACGUGCAAACGAGGGUGCUGGCAUAAAGGUACUGACACAUUGUAAUACGGGAUCACUUGCAACAGCAGGAUAUGGAACGGCGCUUGGUGUUAUUCGUAAAUUACAUGACAUGAAACGCUUAGAUCAUGCCUAUUGUACCGAAACUCGACCCUACAACCAAGGAGCUAGGCUAACGGCAUAUGAGUUCGUUCACGACAAGAUUCCAGCGACUUUGAUUCUGGAUAACAUGGUAGCAUCGCUAUUUAAAUCUCGGCAGAUUGCAGCCGUAGUUGUAGGGGCCGAUCGAGUAGCGGCCAAUGGAGAUACUGCUAAUAAAAUCGGAACUUAUCAAAUCGCUCUGGUCGCGAAGCAUCAUGGAGUGCCAUUUUACAUCGCGGCUCCAUUCACCUCAAUAGAUUUUUCUAUACCAUCUGGCGAUUUUAUUAAGAUCGAGGAAAGACCUGAUAGGGAAAUGACUCAUGUUGGUGACUAUCGCAUAGCCGCACCUGGAAUAUCAUGUUGGAAUCCAGCAUUUGAUAUCACACCAUCGGACCUCAUAACCGGUAUUAUAACUGAGAAAGGAGUUUUUGCGCCGAGUAAAUUAAAACAAUAAUUUGGCUUAAAUUUUUACAAGCUUAUUCACAAACAGCAUAAUAUCAUAUUAAUAAAAGCAUAUCGCGAAGAGACUGCUCGAGCUAUUUGGACGUUCCUGACUUGAUGCGCAAACUUGUAACAAUCUGGUUCUGUAAACUUAUAUUGAACAAAAGAAAAGUGCCACACAUUGAAAGAAUUUGUUAAUUUUUCUGUUAUUCUUUUGUUUGUUUUUUGUUAAGUGUUUUUUUAUUUCACGAAAGUCAAUUUGUGAAAAGUAUCAGAUAUUUUUUGUUUUACUUAUGCUCAAAAAUCUUUAUCAUUUUAACAAAAAUCAAUAAGUUGUACCACAGAGAACAGACGUACAAGCUCGAACAAAAAAUCUUCAAAAAAGUGUGUAAAAUUUCAAAUGCAGACAUCCAAAAAAUAUGUUGAAAAUUGACUUUAAACAGUGGCACCUAUUGCGCCGUUCAAAAGUUACAAAUCAAAUUCUCAAGUGUACAGUUUUCGAAAAGGCGUAAUCGUAUAUAUGAACUAAUAAUUAAACUAAUGCCGCUGGAGUGGCUGUGGCCAAGGUUACCACGACAUCGAGCAUAUCGUUUGGUCAUGUGAGGUCCAUCUAGCCGCCAGAGCGGAUUUAUUGGACUCCCUUCGGGCCCGAGGGAAACCACCCUACACCCCAGUAAGAGAUGUAUUAGCUGCGAUAGACCUUGAUUACAUGUUUGAAAUCUACCUCUUCUUAAAAGCUAUAAACCUCCGUCUCUAACCAAUCCUUUACUAUUUUCUCUAUAUCUAUUCUAGUUUUUAACAAUGAAUUGUAAAUACAAAAAAAAACUGACUUUGGCUCCUUAAAACCUUCGGUAUGAGCCGUUUCAAAUAAACGAAUUAUAAAAAAAAAAAAAUGCCGCUGGAAAUUUUACACAAGUUUCGUGGGCUAGCUUGUACGUCUGUUCUCUGUGGUUGUACUUAAAACAAAACUAACUAAAUCUUCUGCACCUUUUAAAAAUUUGAAUUUCAAAUUAUAACUAGCCUAAUAACUCUUUUGCAUAAAAAUAUGAAAUUUUUAAAUGGUCAAACAUCAACAACAUAUCUUUGAAUUCGGAAUCGGUUUUGAAAAGGGUCAAAAUGCGCCAUGUGCAAACAAAUCCAGUUUCUUGCAUAAUAUUUAAAUAAGGUAGUGCCGAGAGCCAUGUUGGAUUAACGUCAUGUGACGUCACAAAAACGAUUGUAUCAAAAAAUUAUAUGAGAAUGGCAGAAAUAAAAAAAACAUGUUUUAACACGAAAAUGAAUUCCAUUUUCAAUUUGAUUGUGUUGUAGGGCCUCUAUUUCACUAUUUAAUGAAGUUUUUUGGUCGUUUGAAGAUUGCAUUAUGUUUUUUUUUUCUUAUUUUAUGAAUGAACCCUUGAAGCUUAAAUGGAAAAAAUCAGUUUUUCAAAGGUCUAGCUAGCUGGUAGAACGA